UCUUAAAUUCAUCAGCAGCCGUACAAAGCCACCAGAAAAGUCAUGCCAUCUUUUAAUUCUCCCAUAAACACUUGCACAGGAAUCUCUUCCGCAUACAUGCUUGUUUGGGAAGGUUCAUUCAACUCCUUGCUACAAAUCCAGCCGCUCUGUAAGUGGACCUUGGAAGCCUUUAAAAGGGAUUUCUUGCUGCAACAGGGAGGUGAUUAAGACGCGGAGACAUGUCUUCAGAUCAGACGGUGAAGGACACCCGUAAUCAUUUGCCAACAUGCAAAAAGAGACGGGACUCUACUCUGGCAGAAAAAGUGAAAAUCCUGGAACUUCUACAGCAGCCCAAAGCCUCUCAAUCAUCAGUGGCUAGAAAUAUGGGUCUAUCACAGUCUACCAUUAGUAGAGUAAUGAAGAAGAGAGACGAGAUAUUGGAGCGUUGGAACCAGAAUGAGAAUCCAAGCAGAAAACGAAACCGACCUUUUAAGCAUGCCAAAGUAGACGAAGCUCUGCUAGAAUGGCUUUUGUUUGCCAAGGCCAAUAAGCUACCCAUUUCUGGACCUAUUCUUAUGAGGCAGGCAGAGGUCAUUGCCAAGCAGAUUGGUUGCCCACAGUUCAAGCCUUCCAAUGGAUGGUUGUGGCGAUGGAAAGAGAGAUAUCGACUGUUCUACAGAGGAGAUCUUCUACUAGGCGACAAAAGACAUGGUGGUGGGAUUAUUGAAAGUAGAUAUGUUAAAAUCCUACCAAAACCUACAUCAAUUAUCAAAAUGGAGUCAAACAGUGUAGUGGAUAAAAGAUAUUCCAGUUGCCAUUUAACAUCAGUAAGACAUGUUCAAAGAGAACGAGAUGUUCACAUGCAGUUGGAACACUAUGGCCAAUGUGCCCAAGGCAAUUCUUUAAGCAAGCCUGUGCUUCUUGCUCGAAUUUCCAAAGAUUACCAUUUGGAAGAUAUUUUUUGUGCUGUAGGGUCUUCUUUUCAAUUCAGACUCAUGUCAAGACCAGGGAAGACCUUAAAGCCAAAGGAGUCCCUCUGCAUCUGGUUCUGUUGCAACACAGAUGGAACAGAAAAGCUUAAAUUGUUAGUUACUCACAAUCUUUCACCAAGAUCCUUGGGAACGCACUAUCUUUCUCCUGUAUCCCUGAAGGCCAGUGAAAAUGGUUAUUUGACUGAUAAACUGCUUAUUGAGUGGCUUCUAAACUGGGAUGCCAAACUUGCUAAACAGGAAAGAAAAAUUUUACUGGCAUUUACUACCCACAAUGCUGGACCAAAAGUGAAACUCCAAAACAUCUCACUUUGCAUUUUCCCGAAGGAAAAUCCUUUAUCAGGCCAUCAUUUUGGAGAAGAGUUGGUAAAUGAGUUCAAUAUGUUCUACAGACAGUUUCUUCUUGAGAGACUGAAAGAAGACACAAACAUUGGUGUGAGACCUGAGAUAUCCCUACUUCAAAAAAUGAGUGAGAUUACCCUUGUAGAGGCUAGUUAUACCAUGAACAAGGCAUGGUUAAGGGUAACACCCCAUACUAUAAAAUCCAGUUUUCAGAAGCAAGAAGUUAUCCAAACUCUUUGUUCAAACAAAAAUGAUCCACCAGAGGCAAGACCUCAUAAGGUUAUAUCUUUCCCAAUUUCACAAGAGAGCAACAGUAAUGUUGUCAAUUCUGCCGUAUUAACUACAGGUCAGGUAUCUUACAGGACAAUCACUAUUAAAGAGGAGAAUGAUGAUGAGCAUGAAAACCUUGAAUAUGAAUCCACAUGUACUGGUCUACUGUCUCCAAACCAAAAAGCACAAGUUGCCUUUUCAACCAGUGGUGGUAAGCCCAAACUAACAAGUUUAAAGCCACAUCCAAAGGUUAUUGAUAGAAAAGGAGACUCCACAUUUCCCAUCAAAACCGAAGACAAAAGGCAGUGCGUCAAUGUUCAGGAGAUCAGACAAGCUUGUGACGUGAUUCAGUGUUUUUUGUCAAGCGAAAAACAAGACAUGAGCAUUUUUUGUGCACUGCAAAACCAAAUUGAGACAUGUUUGGCAAACUCAAAUAGUAAGAAAAACAUUUAAUAACAUGAUAAGGAACUCCUUGUUUAAGCAGAGAAGGAGUGUUGGACCAUUAAUGAGCCACCAGUGGGAAAUGUAAGAAGGUCUAUAGAAAACAGGAAGCACUGGCAAUAGAACCUACAACUACACUGUAUGAGAUGAAACUCUAACUUUGUAAAAGUUGUUUGUGUUUGCACAUGUACUAAGAUCUAGAGUGAAAUUAAAAGUGCAUGGGGUAUAUAAAAAAAGAGGGCAA